UUACAGUUACAUGUGUUGUCUAUGCAAUAUUUAUUUUAUUUUAUUUUAUAAAAUUCCGCUUCACUUCAAAAAAGCGAGCGCUUCGCUUCUUGCUUUAAGCGAAAAGGGCCUUGUCGCUUUUCCUCGCUUCACGCUCUUCACAACACUGGAUGCAACUCUCAUAGCUAAUGCGGUUUUGGACUGGAGGAUUAAAACUGGAGAACCUGGAGUUAUGUGCAAGCUGGAUAUAGAAAAGGCCUUUGAUAAAUUGAAUUGGUCAUAUCUAAUAUCUAUCUUGAGGAAGAUGAGCUUUGGUGAAAAGUGGAUAAGGUCUAAGUAAGAUGUUGGAAAAGGCCAGACAAAUGCGGUGGAUUCAGGGUUUCAGAGUUGGCACCAAUGCUGGGAAUACAAUUACUAUAUCUCAUUUACUAUAUGUUGAUGAUACUCUGAUUUUUUGUGAGGCAGAAAAAGCAAAGCUCCUAUACCUGAAUGUCACCCUCCUACUCUUUGAAGCCUUGUCAGGAUUACAUAUCAACAAGCUGAAAAGCACUAUUUAUCCAGUCAACAAUGUGAACAACAUAGAAGAGCUGGCAGGAACUAUGGGUUGCAGCAUUGGGGCACUUCCUAUCCAAUUGGAAGCCAAAUUCAAGAAUUGUGAAAUUUGGAAUGGUGUUGUAGAAAAAUUUAUAAAGAGAUUGGCCACUUGGCAAAUGCAAUAUUUAUCUAUGGGAGGUAGAUUAACUCUUAUCAGCAGUGUACUUGACAUCAUACCUACCUAUUAUAUGUCUUUGUUCCCUAUCCCUAAAAAGGUGUUAAAGCAACUGGAUAAAAUCAGAAGAGAUUUCCUUUGGGAAGGGAAUAACAAUUCUCACAAAUUCCAUUUGAUAAAAUGGGAUAGUCAUACAGCCGAAAAGCAAUGGAGGAUUGGGGGUCAACGAUUUAGCAAUCCACAACAAAAGUAUGCUGAUGAAGUGGCUAUGGAGGUAUGGUACAGGUGAGACAAGUCUCUGGAAGAAGGUGAUUGAUGCAAAACAUGGGAAAAGAGACAACUGGAGCACUAAAAUUGCAAAUGCCCCUUAU